CGUAUACCCAUCCCGAUCUCUUUUCCUUCAGCUUGUUCUCGUGGCACAAUUACAGUCGCGAUGCAGGCUAUCCGACGACCCCUGAGCUCUGCGCUCUCCAAAUCUGCGUCGAGGCAGUAUGCGACAAGCUCUUCUCCGUAUGCGAACACGAUUAAGAACCUCCGCAUCAACGGCGACACAAAGGUCCUUUUCCAGGGCUUUACUGGCAAGCAGGGAACCUUCCACGCCCGACAGGCAAUCGAAUAUGGCACAAACGUUGUUGGUGGAACGAACCCCAAAAAAGCAGGCUCGGAACAUCUUGGCAAACCUGUCUUUGCCAGCGUAGAAGACGCUGUCAAGCAGACUGGCGCUACCGCUUCUGCUAUUUUCGUCCCCCCGCCCGUCGCUGCCGCGAGUAUCGAGGAGGCUAUCAAAGCUGAGGUUCCUUUGAUCGUAACGAUCACCGAAGGCAUCCCUCAGCAUGAUAUGGUUCGCAUCACCGACAUGCUUAAGACUCAGGGCAAGACCCGCAUGGUCGGCCCCAACUGCCCCGGUAUCAUCGCUCCUGGUCAAUGCAAAAUUGGUAUCAUGCCUGGAUUUAUCCACAAGCGUGGUCGCGUCGGCAUCGUCUCUCGUUCCGGAACCCUCACCUACGAAGCCGUAAACCAGACUACACAGACUGGUCUUGGACAGUCUCUCGUUGUCGGUAUUGGAGGUGACCCCUUCUCCGGUACCAACUUCAUUGACUGCCUCAAAGUCUUCCUCGAGGACGGAGAGACGGACGGUAUCAUCAUGAUUGGUGAAAUCGGUGGAUCCGCAGAGGAGGAUGCGGCCGACUUCCUCAAGGAGUACAACACUGCCAACAAGCCCGUUGUCAGCUUCAUCGCCGGCAUUUCUGCGCCCCCAGGCAGGCGAAUGGGCCAUGCUGGUGCCAUUGUCAGUGGCGGAAAGGGUGACGCCAACUCUAAGAUCACCGCUCUUGAGGCCGCUGGUGUUAUCGUUGAGCGCUCACCUGCGUCUCUCGGAAAAACUCUGUAUGAUGAGUUUGUGAAGCGCGAUUUGGUUUAA